CUCCACUUCAAUGCUCUCAAUAAUCUCUGUCAACCUCCGCAUGCCUGCAGUCUCAUUGAGCGCGACAUUGCUCAAGGUUCCCGGCAGAGCCCUUGUUGCUGAAAUCUGCCUCGGACUAAUAGCACCAGUAGAUGGAACAUCAGGGGCCUUCCUCGCCUCAAUGAAGAAAUGAAACGCCGCGCCUUCCUAUGCACCUCUUUGAGUACCGGAUCGGUAUCUUUGAACUAUUGCGCAUGCCUACCGAGACCAGUUCCGCCAAUACUUCCAGACCUCCUUAUCCCGCGGCCAGUACGACGACAACCACUGUUUUUCAUCACACAAUUGUCAGAAAUUUGAGCAUGGCCCUCUCAGCUACACAAAGCUUUGAGCAAGAGAUUCAGCGGGGCGACAAGCUGUGUGCUCUUGAUCGAGCGAAAACGACAUUCUCUUUCAGAACGUCUCUCAUGAAUUACGAACGUCCGUUGGUUUUUAGCUGA